UCGAUAUGUCCACGUGAUCUGUCUGUCGUCAGUCGACUCGCGUAAUUGCAAAUGCAAAAUGUCUAGGAUGGAAACGUUUGUGUUACAAUGAAAUCAUAAUAUUUUGUUGUUUAUUGUGUAGAUUAAUAGUGUUAAAAUGCCUGCAUCAAUUGGUGUUAAUUUACGUGUAACUGGCCAUUGUAGCCAAGGCGGGAGAAAGUAUAUGGAAGACUUGUUCUCCGUUGCAUAUCAACAAACUGAAGAUGAGAGGGACUUGGAGUAUGCUUUCUUCGGGAUUUACGAUGGGCAUGGCGGGAGUGAAGCUGCAGCUUUCGCUAAGGAACACUUGAUGGAUUCUAUUGUGAAGCAGAGACAGUUUUGGUCUGAUAAUGACGAGGACGUGCUGAAAGCUAUUCGCAAUGGUUACAUGUUGACCCAUUUGAACAUGUGGAAAGAACUAGAGAAAUGGCCAAAAACAGUGACCGGUCUACCAAGUACUGCGGGAACCACUGCAAGCGUAGCUUUCAUUCGCAGGGGCAAGAUAUACAUUGGACACGUUGGAGACUCCGCUAUUGUACUUGGUUACCAAAAAGAUGGCUGUGAAGAAUGGGCCGCUAAACCACUAACCUCAGAUCACAAGCCGGAAUCAACAGCAGAAAUAGAGAGAAUCCAACGAUGUGGCGGAAAAGUUGUCUCCAAAGCAGGUGUGCCACGUGUUGUAUGGAACAGGCCACGUAUCGGGCACAAGGGACCUAUUAAGAAGAAUACUCCUAUGGAUGAGAUACCUUUCUUGGCUGUAGCCAGGUCAUUGGGUGAUCUUUGGAGCUACAACCCUAAUAAUGACGAGUUUAUAGUCAGCCCAGACCCUGAUGUUGGUGUUCUGACUAUUGACCCAUCAAGAUUUAGGUGUCUAAUAUUUGGGACAGAUGGUUUAUGGAACAUGUUAUCACCAGAGGGUGCGGUGAGCCUUGUGCAGGCCACAGAGCGGCAUAAUGAGGCGGCAUUGGUUGGAGGCAAUGGUAAUCAACCUCGGGACUGGCUUAAUCCUUCCAAAAGUUUGGUGGACCAUGCUCUGGAGAGAUGGUCAAACACCCGAAUGCGAGCCGAUAACACUUCUGUAGUCACCCUCAUGCUAGAUCCUCCUGGGCCACCAAGAGCCACAGUACUUCGCUCAAGGACCACCUCUCAAAAACCUCAGUCCACCGCCAAUCCGGUCCCCCCACCGGCCACGCCCAAGUCAGAGGAAACCAGACAAGAAACUACUGAAGCAGACAUCCAAAAAGUACCACAGAACGGGCUAACUAUCAUGACUCGAUAUUCCGAUGUUGAUAGACCCGUGCCCUCUCCAGAUACUCCCCUGCCGCCGUGUGCGACGCUUGACGGCAGAUUGUCUGUAGCUCCUCAAGAGGAGACUUCCAAGGAACCUGAAGAAUCAGAAGAUACUGAGACUAUGACUACAUAUGGAAAUCCCGCCGAGUCUUACUUUAUGGCGCGUCUUUUGAAUCGGAGUCGCAUCGUCAAUACGUUGGCGGAUGUGUAUGAGGAGAUAGCUAGCAAUCCAGAAUCUGAGACUUCACACGAGCCCUCGCCUCUUCCGGUCACCGUGUUGCCUGAAGUCAGCGGGGACUCCGAGCCGGAGGCCGGACGCACUCCUGUUAUUACUGCCGGACCCGGCGCCGGCGGCGACGCGGGGAACCCGCAGGAAGAAGUCUUACUCGCCGACGACGACGGCGGCAUCCAGAUCAACGAGGUCUCGUCCAGUUCGCCCACCGAGGCUCCGCCCAGGGUGAGAGGCCGUCGGCCUCGCGGCGACGUCCGGAAAGACGUCGUCACUCCCAACGAUCGCGUGCUGCGGUCUCACCACGAGGAGAUCCAGCAACGGCCGCACACCAGGCAGGCCACGCGGGGUAAACCCGCCGCGACCACCGCGCUCGACCGCGUCGUCAUCCUCAGCAGGCGGGCGCCGGCGGCCGGGCCCGCGGCCCCCGCCGCCCCGCCGCGCCGCGCCGCCCCGGCCGAGCCUGCGCCGGCCGCCGCCGGCGGGGACGACGGCAAGCGGACCCGCGCCGCGCGGCGGCGGGUGUUCCCCGCGCCGUCGCCCGCGCCCUCGACGCCUCUCAAUCAGAAAAUCACGCGGAGUUUCGGGAGCGCCCCGCGGGAUCUCCGCGCGGAAGAGCGGUUGCGCGCGGGAAACUCGCCGCGCGCCCCGGGGCCGGCGCGGCGCGGCCCGGCGGCGCGCCCCGCCCGCGCUGACCGCUGCAAGGAGAACCUGAGCGCGCGGCGCCCCGGAGCGCGCGCGCGGCGCCCCGACGCGCCCGACCACGAGGUGCACUCCACCACGGGCGAGCCGUGCCGCGCGCCGGCGCCGCGUCCGCGCGCGCUGCGCUCGCGCAACGACGCGGCGUCGCCGGCGCGCGAGGCGCCCGCGCCGCCCAGCAAGCGCCCGCGCUGCGACCAGCCGGCGGCCCCCAAGCUGGCGUCGGAGCGCUGCGUGAAGGCGCUGGGCAAGCGGGCGUCGGGACCUUGGGCGCCGGCGCUGGCUCUCCGCAAUCGCCUGCGUCGUCGUCUCGUCAAGUAGCGACCGAAAUCACCCUAGUUAAGUAGUGUAAAUUGUGGUUACCUGUGAGCGUGCGGGAAUAACGGUGCCUUCUAGUACUGCCAAAGUACGUUUGACGUUUCAUAUUUCUUCGGCCGGCGACACCCGGCCCAGUCGUGCGCGAGAUCCAAAGAUGACUGCGUUUUUAUACGGUUAAAUUCUGUUGUUGAUUUUUUGUUUUUAUCGCUCGCCUCGACCCCGACUUAGCGUUAAGUAGAUUCCGUUUAGUUCUCUGACUGUAGGUAGACCUUCGUAGUAUAUUAUAUAUCCUAUUCUAUAUCUAUGUGUCUCCAUUAAAGUCCGUUCCGGGCCGCGGUCCGAUAUAAACAAUAGUACAAACGGUAUAUUGGAUAUUUAAGAAGUAAGUUUAACAUGUGGACCAGGCAGAUUAAAUUAGCCCUAUAGAUAUUUAUUUUAUCUAUAUUUAUAGCUACUAUCUUAAUGCAUUUAACUUUAGACAGAUAUGAAAAUAUAAUUUUCAUUAAUAUAGAACCAGAGGCUACAGAUAGCAAUCUUUUCAGAUAUAAUAUUUCUUAUGAUAUAUAAUACAAAUUUACAGUUCAUAGUAAAUGAGAAUUGAUAUCUUGUUAUGAUGUUCUUUAUUAGUAAUAUUAAUUGUGGAUACUAUUACCAAGAGUGCUUUUCUCAAAAACCUUAAUUAAGAGUGCUAAUUAUAGAUUUUAAAUUUAUAGACUGUAUAGAUUUUGUAUAGAACUCACCAAAAUCUUUAAAAUUGUGCAACAUUUAUUAUUUCUAUGUUAAAGAGUUAUUCUUUUAGGAAAAGAAAUAUUUAUACUUCCUUGAAGCUUUAUUGGGUUAAAAUUUGCUAAAAUUAUAAAUAUUAACAGAACUAUUUUAUUAAAUUGCACAAAAAUACAUACAUGUGUAUCCAUAUAUUUGUAUAUCUUCGUCAUCUUGAGUAAAAGGUACUAUUGUGGUUUGAAUUAUAGUUUUUCUAAUACAAUAUCCACCAAUCUGAUAAGUAUAGGAUUUCUUUUCAUUUCGCUACUUGUAGCGACCUCUUACGCCUUGAAUUAUGUUUUAUUAAUGUGAUUAUGAGACCAUUGAUGUUAAGAACCAAAUUAAAACUUGCAGUUGCAAUUUGUUGAUGUGGUUUGGACCUUACUUGGCUUUGUUUUUGUUAGUAUCUAGAUUAAAAUAUAUUUUAAAAAACGAUUUAUAGAAACAUGGUAUGACAACACCAGAACAUUAAUCAAUUUAUAUUCAUAUGUAAAGUUUUGAAGUCCAUAUUUUGACGUCUAUAAGUGAUGUGUAUCAUCAUAAGUUGAAAAAAGAAUUUUGAUUCGAUAUAAUUUUUAAUGACUAUUAAUAUAAAUUCAAUAUCUUCCGAAUUGUAUAAGUUGUUAUGUAAACGACUUUAUAUUAAUAGCAAUGACUAUGUUAAUUUUACGGUAAAACUUAUUUCUUGAUUUCAUAUAUGUACAAAUAAUUCUGACGUAUAUUGUAGUAAUUUCCAUAACCAGAUUUGUCCCAAAAUAUAAUCCUGGAUGAACCGCGUCAGUACGAAGACCCUGAAUGUUUGCGCUUACCCCAUAGUGCAUCGGACGCUGACUCCAUAACUAUACAAAAAUGCGUAACUACUGUAUAGGGUUAGUUGAUAUUUUGUUGAAAUAUUUGUAGAUUGAAUUAUUAUUAGCUGUAUAUUGGUAUAUAAUGGUUUAUAUAUGUGCUAGUUUCAGUAUUGGUACUAGUUUUAUUAUAUAAAUCGGUACCAAAACCAAGUGUGGUCCAAGUCUACCUGUAAAGUUUAAACGAAGUUAUGUGAUUAAAUAAUUUCACUUAAAGUACCUAAGAAUGGACUGAAGAUUGAAUAUAUAAUAAUGAUAAUGUAUCAGUCCAAUGUACAUAAUAUACAAGUCCUUACAGGACAUAAAUAUAUAAUAAUGUGCCUCAUUUGUUACCGAAAACAUAAGGUAGUGUUCUUUGAUAAAUGAGAUAUGUAUUUUUAUUAAAGAAAUAAAAUUAUUGCAUUGUAAUUAAGCUAUAAAAGAGUUAAUAUAAUUUGUUAAGUUAAUUGUAAAGAAGUUACAACUAUCAUUUAUAUCUGGCUUGGAACUAAGUUUUGUUAUCCGACUGCUUAUAACAUGUAUGUAAUUUGCCAGUUUAAUAAUCAGAAGUGGGACUAUUUUCACAUUUCAUUUGCUAGUGGCGAUCUCUAAUGCUAUGUUCACACCAAGCCAAUGAACACAGGCGAAUGUGUUUCUAUCUUUUUUGGUAGUAUGAAAUCCUGCAACUGAAUGAGACAGAUAUAGCUCCUGGAUACCCUUGGUUUGUAUUUGUUGGCUUAGUGUGGUUAUAUCAUGGUAUUUUUGGAUUUGAUGAUAAAUAAUUGCUGCUCAUAAAAUAGAAUUGAAAUUGUGUUUAUAGAAAAAGAAUCUAUUUUUUACAUAAUUUAUAUUUUAUAAUCCCAGUUUUAUAACAAUACUGAGUGACAAAAAACCACUUAAAAUAUAAGCAGUUGGAUUUUUUAUAUAUUGACAAUUUGUUUACCAGAUAUAAGUGGUGGUGAUUUCUGAAAUUGAGGGGAUAGUGUAACGAGAGGGUAAAGUUGCCUUGCAGGUCGCGGAGGGACAGUACGAGAUGCUAAACAAAUUUAUAACUAUACAUAUUAAUUUUAAACUAAAGGAUUAUUGUAGAUUUUAUUUUUCGAUUUAAAUAAAGUUUGUAUGAAAUAAA